AUGGCCCCUCUACGUCUUGUGACGACCAACCAAUCAUCUCAUCAAUCGAUCAGGAGCCCUACCCACAGCGUCAGCACUAGCGAAUAUACUACGGAGCAGGAUACGGUGCAGGUGCAAGAUACUGAUUUUGAGCUCGUCAAGCCCACACUCCCGCUUUCACCGUUCGGAGGCAGUUUCGAAUCGCUUCCCAGUCCUGUGCGUCCGGGUUUCCUCCGCACGGACAGCCCAGCGCUGUCCGACAUAUCUGGCCACAGUUAUCCGCACCCGGCAAGCGUAUCAUCUAGCGAUAUAAGGUCACCGAAGGAUGAAGCUUCGCAAAUCGAAGCGCAUCGGCAGCGCGAACUGCGCUGGAUCUCUGCGAUGUCGUCAAUCUCUUCGUCACAGGCGAGGAAGAGCAAGAAGAUUCGGAAGAUGGUGCUCGAUGGUGUUCCUGCGUCGGUGCGUUACCAGGUUUGGGCGACAUUGACAGAUAGCAAGGGCAAGAGGAUGGAGGGACUCUAUCAGCGGCUAGCGCAGCGGGAGAAGGUCGCGGUUUACCCGCAGAUCGAGCGCGACAUUCAGUUGUCAUUCAUCGCACAUCCGCAGUUGCAGGAUGGGUCUCUGGCGAAGCUGCUUCAGGCGUACUUGUCCAUGGUUCCGGACAUCCAGUAUUCGAGAGGUCUCGCUCUGGUUGCUGCGCAAUUACUUCUUCAGUCUCCAGAAGAGGACGCGUUCUGGACAUUCAUCUCGCUCAUGGACAGUCACUUGCGUCCAUAUUUCUCUAGUAGUAACAUCCAACUGGAAGUCGACGCGUCAUUAUUUGCCAAAGCUCUCGAAUCCAAUGACGCAGCAUCUGCGAAGAAGGUCUUCGGCGAUAUGGCGAUCUCUCCUGUUAUCGUAUGUCGCGCAUGGUUUACAACCGUAUUUGCGGAUGCUCUGCCUUCAGACUACCUCGUCCGUCUAUGGGACGUAUUCUUGUUUGAAGGAGUAACGUUCUUGUUCCGAGCUGGCUUGGCCCUGUUCUCGUGCACUCGGCGCCUCUUCUUGCAGUCUACGUCGCCUGAAGCGCUCUUGGAGAUCCUGUCUCGUCCCCCGUCUACCACACUCCCACCUAGUCCCGACGCUUUUAUUGAGCUUGCGUUCUCUAUGAAGUUCAAGGACGACGAUGUUCGCAAACAGCGUGGCAAGCUUGAAGCUCAAGUGAAACGUCGCACCGCCCAGGCGCGCGCCUCGCCCAUCUCUCCUGCCAUCACACCCACCAUUUCACUCCCAAAAAGCGGCGUAUAG